UCAUUGGGCGGCGUGAUCUCGCCGCGGUUCCGCGGCCGCCGCCGCUGCCGCAGGCAGAGCGCAGCGGGCGGGCCGGGCGACGGGCCAUGGCGGGCGCCGAGGACGCGCCGGGCCGGCAGCCGGAGCUGGACGAGGACGAGACGGCGGAAGGCCGGCGCUGGGGUGCACAGCACGCCGGAGCCCGUGAGCUGGCGGCGCUCUAUUCUCCAGGCAAGCGCUUCCAGGAGUGGUGCUCCGUGAUCCUGUGCUUCAGUCUCAUCGCCCACAACUUGGUCCACCUCCUGCUGCUGGCCCGCUGGGAACACACACCCCUCGUCAUCCUCGGUGUUGUUGCAGGGGCUCUCGUCGCUGACUUCCUGUCUGGCCUGGUACAUUGGGGUGCUGAUACAUGGGGCUCUGUGGAUCUGCCCAUUGUCGGGAAGGCCUUCAUCCGGCCAUUCCGGGAGCACCACAUUGACCCCACAGCCAUCACAAGGCACGAUUUCAUCGAGACCAAUGGUGACAACUGCCUGGUAACGCUGCUGCCACUGCUAAACAUGGCCUACAAGUUCCGGACCCAGAGCCCAGAGACCCUGGAGCAGCUGUAUCCCUGGGAAUGCUUUGUCUUCUGCCUGACCAUCUUUGGCACCUUCACCAACCAGAUCCACAAAUGGUCGCACACGUACUUAGGGCUGCCAUGCUGGGUCACCGUUCUGCAGGACUGGCACGUGAUCCUGCCACGGAAACACCAUCGCAUCCACCACGUGGCGCCCCAUGAAACAUACUUCUGUAUCACCACAGGCUGGCUCAACUACCCCCUAGAGGUUAUAGGCUUCUGGCGGCGCCUGGAGGACCUCAUCCAAGGCCUGACGGGUGAGAAGCCGAGAGCGGACGACAUGAAAUGGGCCCAGAAGAUCAAGUAGCAUGUCUGGACUCUUGGUCGCCAAGUUUCCCGAACCUGAACUGAAGCCAUCUGCCAAAUCCUGGCGUCUCUGAGCUACCCUCCAGUGAAGAGAAGUCCCCUGGGCUGGGCCCCGGGCAACCCUAGCCCACCCCCAGUGACACAGAAUACUUGAGCCACCAACUCUUCAUUUCCUCUUCUCCUUUUCUUUCCUUGGGCCUUCCAGGCCACUGAGCUGCUCCAAGGCCAAGCCUGACUGCAGAGGGAAGCCCGGUCCUGCUGGCUAACCCCACCCUGUGCAUCUGCUCUGCACGCCCACUCCCUGGCUAGUGUAGGGUCACUGACACGCGUGGUCUGCCUCGGUGACCCAGAGAGCCCCCAGAACACAUCAAUGUCCUUAGAUCAUGACUCCCCCCUCAGCCCUGCAAGCUGACCCCAGAGGCCUAGGUGGGUGGGUCACCCCAUCUGCCAUCCAAGGGAGACAGAGCUGGGCAAGGGUCAGAGGGCAUCUGGCCAGGAGAGGCCAGACUGUCCUGCUCACAUCAGGAUAACUCUUUCCCUUCCCCUAGUUCUUCUAUCCACGUGUCCAGCCACAUCUGAGGUCUCCCCAUGGAGACAUCUUCAUGGGUACAGCUCUUGUGAAGGGCUUGGUCAUUUGAGGAAGGGACACUGUGUCCCUUCUGGCCAGAGUGUCAAGAGGAGGAAGAAUAAGGCUUUUUUUUUUUUUAAAGGUGCUUGCUUGUCAAUGUAAAUAAUAGAAAGCCUUAAUAUCUUUCUGUAACAUGGAGUAAUAUUUUAAUGUCAUGUUUUGGAUGUAUAUAAUAUAUUUAUAACAAAGGAAGAAGCAU